AUGAACGCAUUCCCAAAGGGUUCUCCGAUGCCUCCCGACAUAAAUCAAGCGUUAGUGAAGGUCUCUGAAAGCGGUGCACUACGUGAACUGGAGAGGAGUACGACAGGAUCUGAGAAGUGCUUGGAUGAGGAAUCAGAAAAAGAAAACGUUAGUCUAAGCGCCAACAGCUUUUGGGUACUCUUCGUUUUCACCGGCGGUACUUCAACGGCCGCUCCGGCUCUCUAUAUCAUUCGCAGCAAGUGGAAGCUUGAAAAUUCUAUCUUUCAACUUGGAAGCAUUUGGAUGCUAAUAUGGAUUGUACUUAAACACUGGGAGAAUAAGAGGAGUCGAUUUUCAAGAAGAGUUAGCCCUGCAGACACUCUAGCAGAUGGUCCAAACGCAUCCGAUUCCUGGACUCAGGUUUAG